CGCGCGUGCACACACGGACAGACGGCAGCCGCUACAGGGAAGAUGGAGGACGGUGUGUCAGCGGCGGAGCGGACCUCCAGCCCAGGCCGGUCGGACUUCAGAAAAUAAGACGACUCCGAAUCUAAAACUAUCGUGCAGCGUUCCCCUGAUCUGUCUCUUGCCAGCAGCCCACGACUCGACCGACCGUACCGGACAGCCAUGAACCCCCAGGAGAUGGAGCUCGGCCAGGAGGUCACGGAGGAGGCCGACGCCCCUCCUCGCCACCGCCACAGCAACCACGGCAGCCGGUCCCGUAACCACAGCAACCAGGAGAAGCGCUACCGACGCGUCGAAGCGCCGGCUGGAGAAAGCGCCGGCGGCCGAGCGAGGGUGCCCCAGCAGCGCCGGCCGCAGGAGGAGGGAGACGCCGAGCUGCAACCGGGAGCUCGGGCCCAGCAGCCCAUCCCCCGACCCGCGGUGACACGGUACCGCCGACAGGGGGACGGCGAGGCCCGGGUCAGAGCCCAGCAGCUGAGGCACAGACAGAAGCAGCAGAGGGAGGCGGAGAAAGCCGAGAACUCGGCGCGGCAACAGGAGAAGCAGCGCCACGCCGAGAUGGCCCAUGAAGACGAGCGGGAGCGGGACGACUCGGCGCUCGCCCGCUCCGCCAGCACCGAGAGCGGCUUCCACACCCACACCGACCGGGCCGAGGGCGACCUGGAGCCCGACGGGCAGCCGGAGGAAGCGGAAGACGAGACGGGGAACUACGGAGUCCAGCUGCGGCCGGAGGCGGAGGGAUACGCCGAGAGCGCCGAGGCCGAACAGCAACACCUCCACCUGCAUCCGGACUACCCUCCUGAGGCGCCGCGGAGCGAACCCCACCCUGAGAUCCAAACCCCCCGGGGGAGACGGGACGGGGCAGAGGAGGUGCCGAACACCGGCUCCUCCAACUACGUCUCCGCCGAGCCCCUCCGCCGCUCCGGAGGCCGGGCCGACGGCUCCGCCGGUCAGGGCUUGGAGAGUUUAGACGGCGCCUACGCCGAGCCUUAUGACAUUUACUCCCUCUCCGAGCACGUCUACGAGGAGAUCCGCAACGCUCCCGCACCGGUUCCCUCUGCUGCCGACGGGGCCGAGGACGCGGAGGCGCUCCGACAGAGGCGCGCCGGCUUCCGGCUGCUGGAAGGGCGGGAGGGAGGCGGGGACUACCAGCAGCAGGAAGCGGUGGGCUCCCGCCUGCGCCACUACGACGAGCGCUCGGACGGAGAGUCCGACAGCCCGGAGAAGGAGGCCGAGUUCGCCCCGUACCCGCGCGCCGACAGCUGCGACCCGGAGGAGGACAUCGACGGCAUCGUGGCCGAGGUCAAGGAAAGCCUGAGCUCUCAGAGUCUCCAACAUCCUCCGGAGGACGUCAUAGACGAAGCGAACGAGCUUCAGCCGGGCGAGGAGCGACCCCGACCCAGACAGCCCGAGGCCCAAACCGACCCCGCCGACCCGCCGGAGCCGGCCGGGCCGCGGGCCGCGAGUCCCUCGGAGGAGGUGGUGGCAGUGAGGAACAGCCAAGAGAAGAGGGACGCCAUCUCCCUGGCCAUCAAGGACAUCAAGGAGGCCAUCGAGGAGGUGAAGACCAGAACGGUGAGAUCUCCGUACACGCCCGAUGAGCCCAAGGAGCCCAUCUGGGUCAUGAGGCAGGACCUGAGCCCCACUGCCGAGUGCGACCUGCAGCCGCCACCGGGGGGCGAUUCCCCCGGCUCAUCGGGCUCGCCCUCCCCUCCGGGAGCAGAGGCGUCCAGCAGACGCCUGCUGCAGGACGACAGCUUCAAGACCCCCCCCUCCAGCAAAGAGACCAGGAGAAGCCUCGCGUCCUUCCCCACAUACGUAGAAGUCCCCGGACCAUGUGACCCGGAGGACCUGAUCGAUGGGAUCAUCUUCGCAGCCAACUACCUGGGCUCCACCCAGCUGCUGUCGGAUAAAACUCCGUCCAAGAACAUCCGCAUGAUGCAGGCGCAGGAGGCCGUCAACCGCAUCAAGACGGCCCAGAAAUUAGCCCAGGACAGGAAGAAGGCCCCUGAGGGAGAGCCUCAGCCCAUGACGGAGGUGGAUCUCUUCAUCUCCACCAAGAGAAUCAAAGUUCUGAACGCUGACUCCCAGGACACCAUGAUGGACCACCCUUUGCGGACGAUCUCCUACAUCGCCGACAUCGGCAACAUCGUGGUCCUGAUGGCCCGGCGCCGGAUGGCCCGGCCCGACUCUCCGGAGAGCGAGGAGGCCUCGGAGUCUCAGGGUCAAGAGAGCAAGCGGCAGUACAAGAUGAUAUGCCACGUGUUUGAGUCUGAGGACGCCCAGUUGAUUGCCCAGUCCAUCGGGCAGGCCUUCAGCGUGGCCUAUCAGGAAUUCCUCCGGGCCAACGGCAUUAACCCCGAGGACCUGAGCCAGAAGGAGUUCAGUGACCUGCUCAACACUCAGGACAUGUACAACGACGACCUCGUCCACUUCUCCAAGUCCGAAAACUGCAAAGACGUGUUCAUCGAGAAAGCUAAGGGGGAGAUUCUGGGCGUGGUCAUCGUGGAGAGUGGGUGGGGCUCCAUCCUGCCCACCGUCAUCAUCGCGAACAUGAUGCACGCCGGGCCGGCGGAGAGGUCCGGCAAACUGAACAUAGGAGACCAGAUCAUGUCCAUUAAUGGGACCAGUCUGGUGGGACUGCCACUGUCCACCUGCCAGAGCAUCAUCAAGGUAGGGGGUCUGAAGAACCAGUCCGGGAUCAAGCUCAACAUUGUCCGAUGCCCCCCAGUCACCACUGUCCUCAUCAGGCGGCCUGACCUGCGCUACCAGCUGGGCUUCAGCGUCCAGAAUGGCAUUAUCUGUAGCCUUAUGCGCGGGGGCAUCGCCGAGCGGGGCGGGUCGUAG